AUGGUGUUUGGCAGUGUUUUACGUGAAGUAAAUAUGUGAGAUAGCACAAUUAACAGAAAAAAAUGCAGUUUUCAAACGAUAUUCGAUAGCAAAUGAGUAUUUUACAUUCGCCAGUGGAAAAAACUGCUGGACUUCCUCAUCCCCACUACUUUUGAUGAGCGUGAUUGACUUUUGGUCAAACCUGAAUAAGAUACUUCCAGGGGAAAUUCCCAAAAGUCCGAUGGAUCUUGCUGAAACUAUGAAGAAUAUAGUUGCAAAGGGAAUACAAACUGAGAUGGGCCCUCCAUUUGCUGGUGCUGGUUAUGUGACAGAAAAGUUGUACAUGCUGCUUCAAUUAUAUUUGCAAAAUAAAGGAUGGAAUCCAUCAGUGGAAUUGUUACAGUGCUUCAGCGAAUUAAAGGAAGCAUCAAUGCUACCAAGUGCUGCCUACUUACAGAUGAUGGCAUCUCGUGUGGCACUAGAUGCUCAAGGUCGUUUGAUAUUGAGAGAGAAUGGCAAGAUAAUCCUGCCUUAUGAACAUUUCGCUAAUGCUGUAAUGUUGAAGCAUAUGAAUGGGCCACACGGGCUUCAUCUUGGAUUGGAAGGAACCAUCAGAGCUGUAAUGGAGUCCUAUACAAUUGGAAGAGAAUGUUUUGGAAUGGAGAAAGAAUUUAUCGUGGAUGUGGUCCAGAAUUGCCCAAAUGCUGCUUGUCGUUAUUACAAGAACCAACUUGAACUAACACAGAAGGGCAUGCACCUUAGUGCGCCUACAUACAUCCCUGAUUCAGCAGGAGGUACAAGCCAGUUAAAUCCUUCAGUUCAAGAGGCUGCUGCAAAUUUAUUGAGAAGUGCUGCAUAUCCAAGUUCAGCAGCAGGAGCAGAAUUUGGUGUACCAUUACCACUGCAUCACCCAGUGGAAAUGGGAGCAGAUGCUGCAAAUAAAAAGGCUCACCACAAGCAGCAAAAAACCUAUGAGCAAGUUGAUUCAAAAUUAGCAGACUUUUUAAGGGCUAAUCUUGAAAAUCUUGAAGGUUUCUCCAGUGCUAAUAAGGAUCUUCUAGCCCUUCAUAAUGGAGCUUGGCCCAACAGUGAUAUGGAUAAAAGAACAUCCUCUGGUUCUGAAGGGGGACAGGAAAAAAUAGUCAGGGCAUUCACUGAAAUAAUGAAAAAUAUGUCUCGAAUGAAGACCUGUAUUCGACCAGCAAUGUGCAAACCAUAUGGGAAACAGUCUGAAGCACUACAAAAAACAUUGGUAGAUACAAUUCAACUUGUUCAGUCUCUUCGCUCUUUUCUACCACCUCCACAUAUUGCUGUUAGCAGCUGGAAAAAUGAAGACAAACACAGGAAAACUAGUAUGGAGGAUCUCUGUGAUUCAACAGUUCGCAAGAUUGACUGAUAUGAUCUGUCAUUGAGCCCAAUGCGUGCUGAAGCCAUAGAUUCAGACAAUAUUCUAGUCAGACCAAAGACUAUAGAUGAAUGAAGGAAAUAUCUGUGAUAGUCAAAACCUUGAAAAGGCAUGUAAUGUGACUGUACGUAAUAACAUAUUUCUAAUUUUGUUUUUUGAACUUCCAGGAUUGUGUGUUACAUUUAGUUCUUUCAUUGUUGUAAAAGCUACAGCCUGAUGUUUCUGUUCAUUCCAAGCACUUUAAAAGUGACAAAAUCACAUUAUUAGUGAAUCAGUUACUUUUUUGUUCUGUCACAUGGCUGUGAUAGUGGUCAGCUUUAUGUUUGUGUUAUUGUCAUUUGAACUAAAUUGAAUCUGUUAUAUAGUUUAUAUUCAGAAGAUGUU